GAGAAGAGCUUUUGCUCUUUUUGAUGUUGGAGGCACACAGGGUGUUAGAAGCAGAGGGCAAGAGGAAAGAGCUUUAGAGUGGGAACUGAGUGGACUGAAAACAAUCCACUUUGGGGGGGUUUUGUUUUUGUUUGUUUGUUUUGGGGGUUUUUGGCUUUCCUCCCUACAGUUUCUUUUCUCAUUUAUCUUUUCAAAGAGCAAUCUUGGACAAGACAUAUUACCAGUGGGAUUAGGAGAGCUGCUGCUGCCUUCUUUUUCUCAAGUUGACAGAAGAGGUUCAAAGAGAUAAGACAUAUUCUUUCUUUCCUAAGAGAUCACACUGAAUUUGAUUUCAAUGGAUUUUCUUUUUCUGAGCAUAUGCCUUAAUGAACAGUUCCAGAAUUAGAGUAAAAAAUUAGAAUAAGAAAUCCCUCAGCACAAUAUGACCGAAGAGAAUUUUAAAGAGAUUUUGGGAACACCAAAGGAUCCAGAGCCUGUAAGAAUGGAGAAGAGCAAUAAUAAUGAGUGUGUGGUCACUGCGAUUCCCCUGGUCAGUGAAGUUCAGCUGACAGCCGCCACGGGAGGAGCUGAGCUCUCCUGUUACCGCUGUAUCAUCCCCUUUGCUGUGGUCGUUCUGAUUGCCGGAGUGGUGGUUACAGCCGUAGCCUACAGUUUCAAUUCUCAUGGAUCCAUCAUUUCCAUUUUGGGGCUUAUCUUAUUGUCAUCUGGACUUCUUUUGUUAGCUUCCAGCGCCUUGUGCUGGAAGGUAAGGCAGAGGAGCAAGAAAUCGAAAAGAAGAGAGAGUCAGACAGUCCUGGUUGCAAAUCAGAGGAGCCUGUUUGCUUAAAAAGAAAUGAUUCAAACAGAAAUCUGAGGCCUGAAAACCUGGCCAGACAUUGUCAAACACUUAGGACCUGUUUAUACAGUCUCAUCUAUAUUUCAUGCAAGUGGCAUUUUCUAAGUGUUAAUUUAGAAAAUGCAAUUAGCAAACUUUGGAAUGGUUUUCCAGGAGUCAAGCAGAAGAAUGAAAGUGGAAAAGACUCUCAGGACCUGUGUCUUCUUUGAUGACAUACUUGAUGGCAAAGACUGUUUCUAAGGCUGAGAAGUCAGCUUUUUCUUCACAUUACAAUUUUUUUUGUUGUUGUUUAGUCAUUUUUAGUUGUGAUCAGUUCUUUG